GAGAAGAUGAGAAAAUUCCUCUUGCUGGUUCUCACCAUAACAGCUUCUGUAGCUUUUGCCAGUCCACCAGUUCAGGAUGAGAAGCUUCCAGAUCCAGUGGUGAAGGUACCAGUGGUUGAAAAAGAGCCGAAUGAAGAGCACACAGAAGCAGAAGCAGGUCCUCUGGUGCAGGAUGAAGCUGUUGCAGAUUCACGUCUGGAGCUUGAUUCAGUGCUGCUGGAGCCAGAAACAACAGAAGAACAAAGAUUACCAGAAGAGACACAAGUGAUGUUGGAGAAACUUGUGCUAGAGGCAGAUAACUUGACUGAAGAGAUUGUGGAGACAGAACUAGGGCCUGAGCUGGAAACAACUGACUUUCAGAAGGACAGCAACAUCAUACCAGAGUUAGAGUCUGAAACUAAUACAGAAGAGGAAGAUGAAAAAGAAGAAAAUCUUGUAAAGGAAGAGCCUACACUUGAGGCUGACUAUAUAAUGAAUGAAAAUCCAGAAAUACAAAUGGACCCUGGGAGGCAAAGUCGAAUGACACAGAAUGGAUGGGGGACUUGUAGAGGAGUUGUCCUACAGGGCAAAUGUUACCAGUAUUUCAGAGUAAACCUUGAUGCCUAUAAAGCCGAGGUCCUCUGUCAGUCCAUCUGCUAUAACGGCCACCUGGCCUCUGUGUCAAGCAGCUACAUUCUUGGAGAACUAGGGAGGCUAAUGGAUCGGAACGGCGGCCGCACUCGCGCAUGGCUUGGAGGACGCAGAAUCCUUAGUACAAGAAAUUUCCGAUGGUUGGAUGGAACGAACUGGAGCUAUAAUGGUUGGGCUAAAAAUGAGCCAAAUAAUCAUGGUGGGAAGGAGAACUGUGUAGAGACGUGGUAUAAUCUGGCGUUCAAUGAUGUGACAUGCACAAGACUCAAACCGUUCAUCUGUUCCUGUCCACUUUAAAACUGCCAGGUUAACCUAAUACAGUAGCUUUUAUGAAAAAAAGUGUAAAUAAUGAUCAUUUUUAUUAUUGCAAUUUUUAAAGAUUAAUUCAUAAGAGUUAUCAACCAGUGUUUUAUUACAUUUGCCUUGCACUGUUUACAAAAAUAAAAAUAAAAUAAACAUUUUUAUACACC